GGCAGAGCCGGACUACGAGAAUGACAAGGGUGGCACCAACACUUGGGAUAUGUACGAACCUGUCAAGCAACUCUAUCUUGCAAUAGGAGAGGUGACUGAGGUGCAGAGUCACUACCGUGGACACAAGAUGGCUCUCUGGCUGAACUUGAUCCAGCAACUCUUGAAUUCAGAGAAUGACUUCCUAAGUUACAGGGAGUUCGAGGGAGAUGAAGACAAUUUGUACGCUGGAGUGGUGAGGCCGAAGACCUUCACUCGGCCACCCACCCCGACCCCGACCGUGACUACCCCCCAGGGCCAGGAUUGUGUCUGGAAUACCACCUCUGUGGAAAGGCCGCUACCUCCACCUCUACAAGAUGUGUUCAGGUUGACCGGUCCCUGGGGUGUCACUUUCGCUAUCGGAUGUCUGCUACUUCUCUGCAAUCUCCUUCUGUUCGCUAGCGUGUAUCGCCGUCACUUCAGAACCAAGAACAGUUUCGAGCUGCGAUACCGAGCGGCUGCAGACGGAAGUUGUCCGGAGGAACGACUCAUCGCCAAGAGCCAGUCUGCUCCAGAACUCGCUACUACGUCUUUCCUCUCAGAAAGAACAUCGCCAAAAGUCUUGAAAAGGUCCCAAAACAAAUCCUCAGUUUAGGUAUCUGUUUCACUAUAUAGUAGCAAAACCUACAUUUAGGACUUUGAGACUGUUAAAUGUAAAUCAAUAUUUUUUUUAAAGAAUAAAAUGUCUUUUCAUUUAAUAAUUAGGUAAUAAUUACUGUGUUAUGUUUAUCUUAUUUUUAGACCAUACUUUUCUAGAAAGAUUGCUACUAAUUAAAAAAUGGUUUAAAUACAAAGUUGUAGAAUUUUUAUCUUUUUAAAAAAUUGUAUUAAACUCAGUAACACGAACGAAUAAAUUUUCUGGUAAACACUUACUACUAUGAGAUGGUAGAUUUAUGUUGUGUUUAGUAAUAUAACUUUUACAAGGCAAAUAUUCAAUGAUAUGACAACUAGCAAGUGAUACUAACAAGAACCAUCAAUCCAUCGAUACUUAUGUUCUUCCUACUAUUUUCUUAAUAUACUUAGCAUAUUUUUGCCGUAAAGAAAGUAGUAAAAUGCAUCUCAAUAAAUAUUUAUUUGCAAUUGAUUAAUACGACUUUCAAAUCAACGUUCGAUAGAGUUUCAAUGCACAGGCGAAAGAUUCCAAUAAACUUGUCGAUAAACUCAGCUAGUGAAAGGAAAACCAUGAAAUAUGGUAUAAAUAUCGUAGAUAUAGAAUGGACUUAUAAGAGGAUGAAGAUUUGAUAAAUAGGAAAUCGAUGUAUUAAUGUGUGUCCGCUGCCUCAAGAUCCCUAGCGACCCUUGUAAUCCCCAACUAAUUGUAGCCUCUCUUCCUUUAGAUUCAAGAUAGCACUAUGUGUCCUAUUUUCCAAGGACGUGGUUUAUCUAGAGUGCUUCACUCUUAAGUACGACGGAAUCACCCUGAAUGUAACUCUCUGGACAUGCUCGGCUUAGUGAUUUUCUAAUCUCAAUCACUUGUUGCAAUGCCAUGCUAGAUCAUUACCGGCAGCGAAUUUGGAAAGAACACUGAGAAGCUGUCAUAAUGCUCCUCGUAGCAUCGUCUACAGUUUAUGAACUUCCUAAGCAACAAUAUAUUGCUACUCCUGUUGAGGAUGUUGUGUGCUGUAUAUCUUCAUUAGUCCUCAUAGAAAACUGUACGAUACCAAAUUACUGUUUCGCUGAUUCUUGGAUUUGGCACAGUGAUGAAUAAGCUGAACAAAUUUCAUCUUCUGUAAGCCUUAUCUUUAAUGAUGUACUUGGAAGGUCUGUGGUUUGGGCCUUAAUUUUUAAUUCUUUAAGAGAAAGGCCCACUGUUGUUCCAACCUGACUAAAUAUAGGCUAUGGCCUCUCAUUUCUGACCAUACACGACGAAAAUCAUAACACUACCUCCCAGAUCAGGUGGCCCCUAUACGAAAACGGUCUCUCUGAAAGCACUCUUCUCGCUCUCGAUUAGGAAAGUCUUAUUAGACGAAUCAUUAAACAAAAAUUUUCUAAAGCCACAUGCAAUAGCAGUUGGAGAUUUCUCAUCACUACAUCUCUUGCUGAUAAAAUUUUUAUAACUGUUAAGAGAAUUUUCUCAGAAUUUUACUUCUAGAAUUUGAAAUAUUCUCCUACCAAUCCAGAGACUUAAUACUCCAAUGGUAAUGAAUAAUAAUACUGUAUACCACUCUGUACGACCUUUGUAUUUUAUACGUUCGUUUGCUUUA